GUUAAUCUGUGAUUCGAACCAAACAAAAACACAAAAAUAGUUAUAAAAUUAAAAUGUCACAUAAUGAAAAUUUAAAAAACCAGCCCACUCCUGGAGAAGGAUUGCGAUCGCUUAAAACUACAGGUGUCUUUAGAGCCAUCAAUUUUGAACUUUAUGUGAAACCAAAUUUGGCUAUAAUGGGUAUAGGAUUAGUAGCUUUCACUGGUUGUCUUGGCUAUAUCGCUUAUAUGAGACAAAAAUAUGAAUCCAUGGGUUAUUAUUCUGCAAUCGGUGAUAAUGGCAAAGAAGAGUUUGUUAAAAAAAAAUCAAAAUGGGACUAGGAAAAUACCUUCAAUAGUAUAAAUAUUAUGUUAUGACCAUCACAUAGAUAGUAAACAAGAUUAACUUAUA